AUGGAUGCAUAUGGAAACCCUGUGCGUUAUCCUUUUCAAGGUGGCUGCUUUUAUCGGCCUCGGCAACAUGACCGGCCGAUCUACAUCCCUCGGGUCUCCCUGAAGGUCCAUGCGACUGUGAUUUCAUCGGUAGCCCGUACAACUCUUUCACAGACAUUCGUCAACCAGUCCUACAAGCAGGUCAAAGAAGUCUCUUAUAAAUUUCCACUAUACGAUGGUGUCAGUGUCGUUGCCUUCAACUGCACAGUCGGGACUCACGUUCUGCACGGUGCGAUCAAGACCAAAUCCCAAGCCAACGAGCUCUAUGGAGCUGAGGUGACCCAGAACCGAGUCGCUGCUGUUAUGGACCAUACUUCACAGAACGACGUGUUUCUGAUUCGACUCGGCAACGUUCCUGCCCAAGGGAAGGUCCAUGUCAAUAUCACAUUCGUGGGGGAGUUGAAGCAAGACACCCAGACAGACGGCAUUCGCUAUACAAUUCCACAUGCCAUCGCCCCUCGCUAUGGGGUCGAAGAAAGCCAACUUUAUCUACGCGGAUCGACAUUUACUAACCCAAAUGGCGAAGGAACCCAAGCAAUGUCAGUCACGGUUGAUGUUGUCAUGAGCGACAGCUUGGUAAUCUCCGAGCUGGAAUCGCCUAGCCAUCAAAUGAAGAUAUCGCUAGGACGGACUUCCAGUUCAUCGGCAGGUGCAACUGCUUUCGAUCCCUGUAAAGCAUCUGCAUCCCUCAAGCCCCGAGAAAGUUCCCACGAAGCAACAUUGGAGACAGACUUCGUGCUUCUGAUCAAAGUGGAGGGACUCGAUGCGCCUUGUGCAAUGCUUGAAACACAUCCCACCAUCCCCAACCAACGCGCGAUAAUGGCAACCCUUGUGCCAAAGUUCGCACUACCUCCUGCAAAGAAUGAAAUAAUUUUUGUCAUUGACAGAAGUGGAAGCAUGGGGGACAAAAUCGCAACCCUGGUAUCUGCCUUGAAAGUGUUUUUGAAAUCCUUGCCUGUUGGGGUAUCUUUCAACAUUUGUUCUUUUGGAUCUGACUACUCCUUUUUGUGGCCCACCAGUAAGGUCUAUGAUGCUUUCAGUCUGAAGCAAGCGAUGUUGUUCGUCAAAACGAUUCACGCCGACAUGGGUGGCACGAACAUGGAAGCAGCGGUUGUCGCCACGAUCUCUCAGCGCCUGAAGGACCGAGACCUCGAGGUCUUGAUUCUCACCGAUGGAGAAAUCUUCCAACAAGAGUCUCUAAUCAGGUUUGUUCGGAGGGAGGCCACUAAGGGCGAUGCUCGGUUUUCUCUCUCUCGGUAUUGGGAACUGUGUUUCGCAUUCCUUGAUCGAGGGAAUAGCAAGAGCAGGAAAUGGGUUCUGUCAAUCGGUGUUGAAAUAUGA